UUAUUUUCGACUCUUCUCGUGCUGCUAUUUCACAACCAUUUCAUUUUAUAUCAGUUGACUUGAAGCAAGAACAUUUUCGAAAUAAAUAUGUCUUUUAUCCAAAAAUCAUCUCGACUUCUACAAGUCCAGCUGCGUCGAGUUCAGAGUGUACCGGUGGCACUAUACCAUGAGAAUGUAGUCGAGCACUACGAGAACCCCCGCAACGUGGGUUCCCUGGACAAGAAGGAUGUCAGCGUUGGAACCGGCCUGGUUGGCGCACCAGCGUGCGGAGACGUUAUGAAAUUGCAAAUCAAGGUGGACGAGAAUGGCAAAAUCGUUGAUGCCAAGUUUAAGACAUUUGGCUGCGGCUCAGCCAUCGCCAGCAGCUCCUUGGCCACGGAGUGGGUUAAGGGCAAAUCUAUUGACGAGGCAGGUAAAUUGAGGAAUACGGACAUUGCCAAGGAACUGCGUCUGCCGCCCGUCAAGCUGCAUUGCUCCAUGCUCGCCGAGGAUGCAAUUAAAGCCGCCCUAGCCGACUAUAAGGUCAAGCAGCAAAAGAAGGAGGCGAAUUAAAGCCGCAUACAUAAAUACUCCAGUUAAAUACAAACCAACAAACUUGAUAACAGCUAUAAGUUAUCAAUAUUAGAAAACAACAAUAUGCGUACAUAUAUUAUUUGCAUUGGAUUUUAUAGUAUAUAAAUGUAUAGACAGUGCGUGCAGUGGUGUGUGCGUGGAAUACAAACCAUGGCAAAUAGCUGGAACUGAACUUAUCUAAGCGAUGUGUGAAUGUUAAUGCGAAGAUGUGUGUGUUUUUAAGGGUUAGCUAACUAUUAGAUACCCUUUUUGUGAAUAGGCAAUAUGUUGUGCGGAAGCCAUUUAAAUUUUUAGUUAUGCAAAUUUAAGCCUGUAGAAUGUACAUGUAUAUGAAUAAUCAAUAAACUGUUAACAAAUCUGAA